UCCAAGUGAUUCCCAAGUCGAUCUGUCACCGCUACGUGGCUGAACAACUCGUCGCACUCGCAUUCAGGCAGGAAUCGAAAGCACUGGUUUCAUCGGCGGUAGUUCGAGUGGAAGAUUCAAAUACAUUUUAGUUCCCGUUAAAUUCGCAAAAAAAGUGAAAAUUACAAUGAACGCAAAAGCUCUACCCGUCCUCACCUUGAUUGCCCUAUUAGCUUCAGUCUGCAGUGCCAGCUCCUGCAGUAAUCCGGAGGUAAAAUCCAGCUUUUUCUCCACCUCGGAUGCUACCAUUGUCAGUCAAAUUGCCUUCGUUACGGAGUUCACACUAAAAUGUUCCAGCUCGGGAUCCGAGAAGCUUCCGUUGUUUGCCGAAGUCGGUGGAAAAUUAGCACCGGUUGUUCGAGUUGGUGAUAAUAAAUACCAGGUCAGCUGGAACGAAGAAAUCAAAAAGGCCAGCAGCGGCAAGUACACGAUCCGAUUGUUCGACGAGGAAUCCUUCGCUGCUGUACGCAAAGCACAGCGUGCAGGUGAUGAUGUUCAGUCCGUCAAACCUCUGACUAAUGUGAUUGUGAACUUCCCCGGUGCGUACAAGGGACCGUGGAUCAACUCGGAAAUCUUGGCCACCGGAGUAGUAGCAAUUGUGGCAUAUGUAGCAUUUUCAACGCGAUCCAAGCUGCUGGCGUAAAUGCUUCGUUCCGGUUAGGGAAAGUCAUCGCACAGGAGAUUACAUCCAGUCACGUUCAUUCAAUUACGCAUUUUCUCACUGGAUUACCUUCAUUAUUCAUAGUGGAUAUGAUAGGAUCAGUUGAAAACUUGAUAAGUUUUUUUUCUAGUUACAUUGAUACAAGGCUGAUGAAUAAAUUAUCGGUAACUAUAA